UUACAGACAGCAUCAUUUAGAUGUAAUACGAUGACAGACCAUGUGCUUAUGAAUCACUAAAAUGGUGAUGAUACCAGGUGUUCGCGAAAAGGAACAUACCGGUUAUAGCUCUCGUCUUUCUCACAACGACGCAGUGUGAGCCAAUUGAUCAGCAUGCUACUGUGGAGACUAAAAAUCUGUACAAGAACAUCAAAGCCCUGGCUAGGAACUCCUCCAAGGUGAUGUUUGGUCAUCAUUUUGACACAAUGCUGGGGGCUCAGGGAGGGCAUCCUCCAUACCUGUUUCAGACGCUGAGUCACGACGGCAAUGUGCACGGAUACACCUUUUCGGAGAAACAGGCACUGUCUGGCUAUCCCGAUGAGUUGUCGGACACCAAAGGUGUAACAGGACAAUACCCAGCUGUGUCUAGUUUUGACUUUUCUCAAUUUCAAGAUGACCAGACCGUGACCACAACCUACUUGGCCAAGCUUGCUCAUGCAAGAGGCCAAGUUAUUACCCUUUCCCAGCAUCUCAACAACCCCGUCACUGGUGGGGCUCCAUGGGUGAAUCAAGAUUCAGGGGAUGUUCUUCAUACAGUUAAAAGAAUCCUCCCUGGAGGAGACCAUAACCUGAAAUACAAGGAGAACCUGGACAAGAUUGCUGACUGGGCUCUCAACCUAACCGACUCCAGUGAUAAUCUAAUUCCAUUUAUCUACCGACCUCUUCACGAACAAAACGGAGGAUGGUUUUGGUGGGGCCUCUCUCCCCAAACUCAGAAUACGGCGGAUGAUCUGAAAGACCUGUACAAGUAUAUCGUGACAUACUUAAGAGAUACAAGAGGUGUCCACAAUAUUCUGUAUUGCAUCAGCCCAGAUAAGUUCAAGACUAAAGAUGACUACCUUAAGGUGUAUCCAGGAGACGACUUCGUCGAUAUCAUGGGCACUGACUUCUACUACAUGCAUCCAAACCAGCCUCCAGUCUCUGAUCUGAAGAGAACCUUGGAUGAUUUGGUGGACAUAGCAGAGGCAAGGGAUAAGAUUCCAGCACUGACAGAAACAGGCAUCAUGCAGAAUGGUAUUGAUUCUGUACAUAACUUCUGGAACGACCACAUCCUAGACAUCUUGAAAACCGAUUCUAAAGCAGCAAGGAUAGCUUACAUUCUGGCAUGGGCCAACCGCUGUUCUGGAAACCACAAAUGCCAGCUCUGGAUUCCUUACAAGGGACAUCCUGCCGAAGCAGACUUUAGGAACAAUUUCUUCAAUGAUCCUAUGACUAUAUUUGCAAACCAGAUCGGUGGUAUGUACAACUGAUAUUUAUUUGAGAAUGCUAUUUCUUGUGUAAAACCAUUCCUAUUCUUAUUUGAUGAUAUCCAGGAUAUAGGUUUUCGUUCAUAACAAUAAAUGUUAGACAAUCAA